ACUCUUAAAUUCCGGUCUCUAAUCUGCGAUAUGAGAAUUGUUUUGUAAUUGGUGAAAUUCGGUUGCAAUCAAUACAAAAAUCUUUGUUUUCCAUUUUAAAUUUUGUGUUGGAUCUCUCUAGCAUCAAAUGAUAGAUACAAAAUAAAUGAUGGCAUGAUACUAGUAAUGUUCCAAGAAAAAUCACUGGACUAAAAGCUGAAAGAGUCCUAUGGACUGGAUCAGUUCCCUGCCGGAUGAUAUCCUAUUGAAGAUACUUUCAUCACUAACCACAAAAGAUGUCUUGAAGACAAGUCUUUUGUCUAGUCGAUGGCGGAACCUUUGGAAGUUGGUUCAUAAACUCGAGUACAUGGACUGGACUGGGAAUGGUGAUGAUUAUGCGAGAUUUAUGCUGUUUGUGGACAGGUCUUUGCUAUUAAACGAGGCUCCGGUCUUAGAGAGUUUGCGUUUCUGGUUUAUCAGCCGUUGCAAUGAUGUAGAUAUCGGAUUUUGGGUUAGAACUGCAGUGGAACGAGGUCUACGUAAGUUCGAAUUAUGGCCUUCCAAGUUUGAUGAGCCUAAAAGAUUACCUCAAAGCUUGUUUACCUGCGGAACUCUCGUGGUACUUAAACUCUACAAUGUAUCGCUUGAGGAUGUUAAAUUCCCGGUUAGUUUCCCGUUACUCAAAACAUUGCACCUUGAUUGUGUGAUUUACUUAGACGAUGAAUCCCCUCGGAAGCUUUUCUCUAGCUGCCAGAUUCUUGAAGUCUUGCUCGUGGAACGAGUACCAGAAGACAAUGUAACAAGCUUUUCUAUCACGGUGCCUUCACUCCUAAAGUUCAACUAUCAUAAUAUAGAUUCUAGUGGAGGUCCGUUUGCGUUGCAUGCUCCUUCAUUGAAGAGCUUAGAGAUCGAAGAUAUUGGUCACGAGUGUAUGAUUGAGGAAAUGCCUGAGAUCGUGGCUGCAAAUGUUGAUGUUAUCUAUUGCAAAUGCGACAAUCUCCUCGGUUCUCUUACAUCUCUCAAACGCCUCAAGCUGUGUUUACGCUCAGAGUGGCUUUUCCCUACUGGUAAAAUCUUCCAUCAGCUUGUAGACUUGGAGUUUUGCACAUGUGAUACAAAAUGGGAUCUACUUAUGUGUCUUUUCAAACAUGCUCCAAAACUCCGAACUCUCAAACUCAGAAAGGGACAUAUCGCCAGUGAUACUGAAGAAACAAUAUAUGAUUGGGAGGAGUCCAGAUCUGUUCCUGAAACGUUCGUGCUCGGACUUGAAACUUUGGAGUGGAGUAACUACAGAGGAUUGAAUACAGAGAAAGAAGUCGUGAUGUUUAUCUUGAAACAUUCAACGAGUUUGAAGAAAGCGACCUUCAAAUCGACACUCACCACUUUGAAGAAAAAAUAUGGGAUGCUCGGAGAGUUGGCAGCUUUGUCUCAAGUUUCAACAAGUCACUUUGUCUUCCGCUGAAGAGUCCGAAACCCGUCAGGAUGGAUUCUUCUUAAAACCAUUCGCUCUGUUUCUAUUAUUCUUAAAAACCAUUUGCUCUGUUUUCUCUUCUUUAAAAACCAUUUGCUAUGUUUUCUCUUCUUAAAACCAUUUUGAUCUGUUUUCUCUUCUUAAAACCAUUUUGAUCUGUUUCUAUUAUUCUUAAAAACCAUAUGCUCUUUGUUUUCUCUUCUUAAGGAACCAUUUACUUUGCUCCUAUUCUUAAAACCAUUUGUUCUGUUUCUAUUCUUAAAUCCCUAUUUGCUCUGUUUCUCUUCUGAAAACCAUUUUGCUCUGUUUUCUCUUCUUAAAACCCAUUUGCUCUGUUUCUAUUCGUAAAACAACCCAUUUACUCUUAUGGUCUUACA